AUGACACCAACCACUACGAAGCAGUCGUCAGAUUCUACAUUAGCGGACGUGACUAUUGAUCCACCAGAUAAAAUUAACGAUAAAGUGAACCAUUCCACGAACGGACAUGCAUCAACAAAAUGUCAUGGUAGAGUAGCAGACCUCGAAGCCAUGGUACCAGGACAAUGGUGGAAGACUGUAUUUGCUGAUGGAAUGUAUCUGAAGACAGAUGGAGAUGUCGUCGAAGAUCCUGAAAUCACCAUGGAAGAAAUAGCAAUGCUUGAACAGGAUUCUUCGCUGCGCAACAUCUUCUCCCAAGGUGGAGAUCAGUCAGGAGGACCUGUCGCCAAAGUAUUAGAUUUAUGUUGUGGACAAGGUCGCCAUACUCUAUGUUUGGCUGAGAAAUAUCCAAACCUUCAACUAUUUGGACAUGACCAAUCCGCAUAUCUGAUCUCGGUGGCUCAAGAACGAGCAACACAGCAGAAACUGACGGAAAACACUGUUUUCACCGUUGGAGACUGUCGACAAAUCCCAUACGCCGAUACCACCUUUGAUCUUGUACUAGUGAUGGGCAACUCGUUUGGAUACUUUGCGACCGACGAGUCUGACAACCACGUACUAGAAGAGAUCCAUAGAGUGCUAAAGCCAGGAGGCCGCAUAGUAUUAGAUCUCACAGACGGUGGCUAUAUGAGAAAGAACUUUGCCGAACGUAGUUGGGAAUGGAUUGACGACAUGUGCUUUGUAUGUCGUGAACGUCAGCUAUCCAAAGACGAACGUCGCCUGAGCUCACGUGAAGUCAUCACUGUGACCAAUCGUGGAGUCGUAAGAGAUCAAUUUUAUCAGGAGCGACUCUAUGCACGAGAAGAAGUGCAAGACAUGCUGUAUAGUGCUGGAUUUGACGUUUGGGUAGAAAAUGUAUAUAGUGAAGCAGCGGCCAUCAUUACCACUGCCAAAGACAUGUCGAAACGUAACGAGGAUCUGGGAAUGAUGGAGCAACGAAUGUUUGUCAAGGCCUCGAGACCUGUGACAAAUGGAGAGCCGGACGGAUUGAAUGGGCAGAUGAAAUUGAAGACGAACAGUGGCUCUAUGGUCAACUCUGUAUCUCUGUCUUCGUCAGAUUCUAGUCCAGCUUCUAGCCCACCAUCUCCCAAAUCUUCAAACAAUGUAGUUAGUGAUUAUGAUCUCAAAAAGGACUUUGAUGAUACUUGUAUAUCUCCUGUACAUAAUUUGCCAUAUGCCAAUAUUCCCAAUUUUACAGUAAUAUUUGGAGACGCAAGUAUUCCUUGCAUCGGUAAACUCAACAACAGCUGGAACCGAGAGGAUCUGGAAACUAGGUCUAAAUUGAUUCAAGCACUGGAAGAACUUGGAUAUUCUCUUGCUAGUGAAAGCAAUUCUGAUGGCAUUCGAAUACUCGAAAAGCACUCAUUACUGAUCUCUGACAUCAAGGCCAAUCUUCCUGGAUUUGUCUUCAAUCUCUGCGACGAAGGAUAUCUUAAUGACUCUGUAAAGGAGCUCCAUAUUCCCGCAUUGUUGGACCUAGUCGGUGUCAAGUACUCUGGUGCUGGACCCAACUGUCUCUCGAUUUGCUAUGACAAGGGGGUUGUAAAUUCGACAGCAUCAGCUAUUGGGAUCCCUACACCACGUGAAACGUAUUAUUUUGGUGGAUUUAAGACCGGAUCUGAUUCCAACUUUUCUAACGAUCUGGACACUCUUGAUCGCACUAUUACCGAGAAAUUUGGAUACCCUGCAUUUGUCAAACCAGUGAAGGGUGACAAUUCAUACGGUAUCAAUGAACGCUCUAUCGUCACGAAUCGAGAAGAUCUGCAACACUGUCUCGAAGCCCUACGACAAGAGUAUGGCGUCCUGGAUGUCAUAGUUCAGGAAUAUCUCGACGGCAAAGAAUUCAGCGUUGGCGUUAUCGGCAACAUUGAGACAGGAUUGCACUUUUUGCCAACAUUAGAGGUGGAUUAUAGUCGUGUUGUGGACCAAGGAUUACCAGCAAUUCUUGGUUAUGCUUCCAAGUGGGAUCCUGAUUCUCCCUACUGGAGGGAUGUAUCAUAUAUCCCAACUCUUUCAUUGUCGCCUCAAGAUGAAGCUGAUCUGAAGGCUAGCUGCGUCAUUCUUUGGCAAAGAUUUGGGUUUCGAGAUUACGGCCGCUUCGACUUUAGACGCCGUGGAGUAGAUGGACCUCCGCUUCUUCUAGAAGUCAAUCCUAACCCAGGCUGGUGCCAUGAUGGGAAGAUGGCGCAUAUGUCCAGAUUUGAAGGCAAGCAAUACAAUGCCUUGAUUUUGGAAAUACUGGAAGCGACGCACAAAAGGUUGUUUGGGGACUCGAACCAUGUAUAUGGUCUCAAGUCAGAUAUCCGAGACAACAUUCUAUAUUUAGACGACAAUACUGUGAUAUAUCCAGCCGGCAGUAACAUUAUAAUUAGCAACUUUGAGCAGCAUGUGCAGAGAUUUGUCCCAGUAUCGGAACGUGGAGACGGAUUCUCAGCUAUCGCUGUAUCUCCGGAUAAGCAUCUAUUCGCUGUUGCAGAGAGAGGCCCUACAAGAGCUUCCAUUCACGUGUAUGACGUUCAGAACUUUCGUAAACGCAAAACCCUCGUCCCUGCAUCUGAGUCAUAUACUGCAAAGGAGUUCUCGCACCUGUACUUUUCACCCGAUUCGAAAUUCUUGGUCGCUCAAUUGGGACAACCGGAGAAUGUGUUGCACUACUUUGCAUGGGAGAAGGGCAAAGUUAUUUCGUCUAUACCAAUUGGAACUGGAGAGGCUCCCAAAACCGUUCGACAAGUCAGUGUAAAUCCAUCCGAUGGAACUCUAGUUUGUGUCUCUGGAGAGGGAUUAUUUGCAGUAUAUAGAUAUACAGAUGGAUCGUUUACGGACGUACCAGUCAAUGGAUUAUCUGAAAACCAAGACUAUCGAGCCCACACAUGGAUUUCACAGGAAAGAUUAGCCGUUGGAACGAACACUGGCAUGAUUUACGUACUAGAAGAUUUUGCUGUGUGUCAAGAAAUCAACGUGGGGUUGGAUUGCAUCGAGUCAAUAGUACCGAUAGAAAAUGGAUUUGCCACUGGUGGCCAAGGUGGUUCCGUCAUGGUGUUCGAAUGGAUAAAUGAAGGCACAUCAAUCCACCAACAAGUACCCAAACGUAAAAAUGCUCCAAUUCAGACUAUGAAAGAAAUUGCUGCAACUAUGGUGAAAGUAGUUUCAGAUGGUUACCACUUAACGAAACAAGUAGCACUACCAGACGAAAGCGUUGGAAUCCGAACCAUGACCUCGUCUGUCACACAUACCACCAUUCUCUGUGAAUUGGAAAACAAUCAAAUACUCAAACUCACGCUGGCACAACCUGAAACUGAUUCUAAAGAAGAGGCGUCAGGAUUCAAGCCACUAUCCCAACCAUUCCAUCACGGCGCGGUAACGGGACUGGAUUUAUGUUGCCGAAAACCUCUUGCUGCCACUUGCUCAGCCGACAAGUCUGUCAGAUUAUGGAAUUAUCUGACGGGUAUGGUCGAAUUGACUCGAUAUUUCCCUGAUGAACCGUUCUCUGUCGCAUUACAUCCCUCCGGCUUGUAUAUAUUGAUUGGAUUUAGUGACAAACUCCGGCUCAUGAAUGUGUUGAUGGAUGAUUUGCGACUCUACAAAGAGUUCGCCGUUCGUGCUUGUCGUGAGGUUCGCUUUUCGAAUGGUGGCCAUCUCUUCGCUGCAGCACACGGAAACGCCAUCCAAGUCUUCAAUACUUGGACGUUUGAUAUUAUUGCUGUCUUAAAGGGACAUAAUGGAAAAGUCAGAUCUUUGCAUUGGACUCCAGAUGAUCAGUUUUUAGUGUCUGCUGGAUCAGAUGGAGCCGUUUACACCUGGAGUGUUCUAGAUUCCAAGCGAGAGAGUGAACAUAUCCUUAAAGGCUGUGGCUAUUCAAGCGCUGUUUCAACACCAGAUGGAAAGAGAAUAUACGCUGUUGGAUCUGAUAGGAUGCUGAAGCAAAUCACCGACUCCGCCGUCACUUGUGAAAUCGACUGUGGAGUGACUUUGACGCAAGUCAUUCUCUCUCAUUCCGGACGUAUGAUGUUUGCUGGUUGUUCGACCGGAACUGUUCGAGCAAUGAAGUAUCCGCUCUCUGGUGAUGCUUCAGAUUACCAAGAACACGAAGCUCAUUCUGGAGCAGUCACUCGUUUCCGACUCUCAUAUGAUGAUCAAUUCCUCUUCUCAACUGGAGAGGAUGGAUGCUUAUACCAGUUCCGUGUGUCUGAUCGGGAAGAUCGUGGAAUGAAGAGGGAGCGUGGUCUUCAAUUUGCUGAUGAGAUUUUGAUUACAAAAUCUGACAUGGAAGAAAAAACGGCAUCAACGUUGGAGCUUCAACGAUCUCUCGAAGAGCUCAAACUUGAGCACGAAUACCAGAUACGUCUGCGAGACAUGUCGUUUGGAGAGCGGCUCAAGGAAGUGUCAGAAAAGCAUGCUCAAGAAGUCGAAAAUCUCAAGAUUUCGACAAGUAUUCUUCGUGGUGAAAAAGACAAGGAGGAAGCUCGGCACGAAGAGGAAGCAGAGGACCUUAAAGUCCUCCAUGCCAACGAACUUCACGACUUGGAAACUCGCUUUAGUACAGAGUUGAUGGCUGAAUUCGACAAGUUCACACGGUUGCAAGGCGACUCUAGUGUUAUGCAAAACGAUUGGGAUGCUCAAGUUCGACAACUGGAACGAGAAGCUCAGAAUGAAUUGUCUGCUUGUUCCGCAGCGUUUGAAUCAAGGCUUAACAAGAAGGUUGCGGAAAUAAACAAGCUACAAGAAGAGCUACGCAGUUUACAAAGAGAGCAUGCCGAGACUUCACGACAUUUAGAGGAGGAAGCUGAUGCUGAGUCAGAGACUUUAAUACAGAAAUACGAACGAAAAUUGCGAGGAGAACGUGAAGAGGGUGCAAGACUCAAGGGCGAGAAUGGUAUCAUGAGAAAAAAGUUUCUGACUCUGUCAAAGGACAUUGAAGAUCACCGUCACGAAAUCGCUCGUCUUCACGAAGAAGAAAAGCGACUCCGUGCUAUUGUUUCAAGUUUAGAAAAAGAUGCCGCAGCCCUCAAGAAGGAGAUGGGCGAGCGUGAUGAAAACAUUCAAGAAGGAGAACGAAGAAUGUAUGAUCUGAAAAAGAAAAACCAAGAAUUGGAGAAAUUCAAGUUCGUAUUGGAUUUCCGCAUCAAGGAACUCAAGGAACAAGUUGAACCCCGAGAACAAGACAUUUCUCGAAUGCGGGAUGGAAUUGAGGAAAUCAAUGGUCAAUUGGGGCGCUUGGCGAAUCACAAAAUCAGAGUUGAGGAAUCUAUACAAGCUCUAUCGACCGAUCUUGCUCAUCUCAGGCAAGACUAUGCCAAGGAACAGAGACGAGCAAAAGACGUUGCACAUCGUAUUCGAAGUUUCAGGAGUGAUCUCAUAGAGAGUGUUCAAUUUAUUCAAGAACCAGAGAAACUGAAGAAAUCGGUCUUGACACUCUUCCACAAGUAUUGCAAAGCAGACGAAACUUCAAGACCAAAACUUGAACCUGAUGUGGAUCAGGAACUCACAACGCAUAACUCUGCAUUGUGGGAGGAUGUGAAGCAUUUACGUGCUGAAGUCAACGCUCGAACUGCUCUGUACCGAAAAGAACACGCCAAAGCAAUAUCGGAAAACAAGGAAUUACUUGGAGAGAUUAAUUCGCUACGGCGUACUGUUGGCAAGGAUGCUUCGCUUGCACAUGCUGUCAUUUUGGACAGAGUGAACGAUGUUGGACCACGAAGACGGUCAUCAAGAAGGGAGCCAUCUGAUCGGACGUCAUCCUCACAACAACUACCGUCGGUACGACCGCCAAUAAUGGUGAUUCUACAAAAAACCGCUGUCACAUUGACCCAAGGAGAGAAGAACAAAGGAGCGACAACUAUGCAAUAUCUCGACAUGAGCAAUUAUCAAGGCUCGAGCAGUCAUCCCGGCUCACCUACCUUCAACUAUACAGGUGCAUUUGACCAAAGAUCCUCCACGCUGCUUGCAACAUGGGUGGCCGUCUAUUCCUUGCUAUUGAUAUGGGCACUUGGAAUUCUCUUGAAAUACGCACUCAUUGGCUGUAAGAAUCUGUUCCCAUACGUACCGAUUGGUGGUCGUGUCAAACCUUCUGGCAUUCGAACAAGUCGCGGCAUUGGAGCGACUUCUUCCAGUGCUGAAGAAGAGAGCGAGACUGUUUUUGGAGGUGGUGCUGGCGAAGCUGAAGAGUCUGAAAGAUUCGGGACUUGGAUAUCUCGUCUUGAUCAUGUAUCCGAUGCAUUGAGAACCAAUCUUCUCUUGUUGUUGGCAGCAGCCACCUUGAUAUCAUUGCCGAUCGAAUACAGCUGUGCUACACUCUUCAAGACCCAGGCUGGUGCAACUGCCAUCUCUUGUGGACCAUGCAUUUCAAAUGCCACGUCUACUAUCUCGACGAUCUUGGUCUGGCUUUUUGUGGCUGCAACCAUGAUCUGGGGACUCUUGGAGCUUCUCGUGUCAGACCCAAACAGUGCUUCUGCGACUAGGUUUGCCAUCGUUCUUUUGUCUCAACCACUCAUGAUUGUCAUCUUCAUUAUGGCUUUUGCUCGCUGGAGUUACCUCAAGGGUUUGGAAUGUCCAGAAAAAGCUUCCACAAUGUUUGAUUAUCAUUACACGAAGGAUAUGUACGAUCUGUUGGUUCAUGGUGUCAACCUACUUUAA